AUGACCGCAGCUCCUACAUGGCGCGCCCAGGGUGAGGCCAAGCGACAAUCGAUCCUGGACGCGAUUCCCUCAAAAUGGCGACUUGAGACCGUCAUACCAUCAGCCGCAGCACAGCCCGACGUCACCGGAGACUAUAUCCGACAGUUUUUAAAUGAGCGCGAGAUCAAGAUCACAGAGUCGGAUGCCGUGGAUAUCGUCGCACAGACAACCUCCGGGCGUUGGACCGCUGUCGAAGUCACAGAGGCCUUUUGCCAUCGUGCUGCACUGGCACAUCAAUUCGUGAGCUGCUUACAUGAAGUAUUCUUCGACGCAGCAAUCGAGCACGCGAAAGUGCUCGAUGCCUACUUUGCCGAACACAAAGCACCCCUUGGGCCGCUACACGGUCUUCCUGUCAGCUUGAAAGACCAAUUCCACAUCAAAGAUGUCGAAACUACCAUGGGCUACGUUGGCUGGAUUGGGACCUUUCAAGGGAAACCAACUGAUUCACGCUGCGGGGCAGUGGAAAGCGAGCUUGUGCGGGAAUUGCGUAACCUUGGCGCGGUGCUAUACUGCAAAACCAGCGUGCCGACCACCUUGAUGUCCGGAGAAACGAUCAAUAAUAUCAUCGGCUACACGUGGAACCCCAAGAAUCGAUUGCUCUCCAGUGGUGGCAGCUCUGGUGGCGAGGGUGCUCUCAUUGCGCUGCGUGGGUCACCUGGUGGGUUUGGGAGUGACAUCGGUGGCAGUAUACGAAUUCCGGCCGGGUUCAACAGUCUUUAUGGCCUGCGACCUUCGACAGGUAGAAUGCCUUAUCAAGGCGCUGCCAACUCGAUGGAUGGGCAGAACGUGAUUUUGUCGGUGAUUGGACCCUUGGCUCCUACGGCUCGCACGUUGACUCUACUGUUCAAAAGCGUUCUGAGCCAGGAGCCGUGGUAUCAUGACCCGCUUGCGCUGGAGCUGCCAUGGAGAGAUUCUAUCGUCCAAGAAACACUGGAUCUGGUCAAACAAGCAGAAACAGGCAAGUCAGCGCUCGCUUUCGGUAUGAUGCCGUUUGACGGUGUAGCUCGUAUCCACCCUCCAAUUGCACGGGGGUUGGAGCUGGUCGAGCAGACUCUGAAAAGGCUCGGUCAUAAAGUCAUCGACUGGUGCCCUCCAUCUCACGUUGAAGCUCAUGAGCUAGCCGGCAAAGCAUACCAGCUGGACGGCGGUACAGACUUGAAACUCCAAUUCGGUCUAUCCGGAGAGGCACCCCCACCCCAGAUCAUAGUUAAGGAGGGUGGAACUGAGAUGAUUGCGUCGGAAAUUGCUGCCCUCAACGUUGCCAAGCGGGAGUAUCAAAAGAAAUACAUGGACUACUGGAAUAGCACUGCGAAACUGACCGGUACCGGACGCCCGGUAGACGGAUUUUUCUGUCCACUGGCACCACAUGCUGCAGUAAUUCCGACGCAAUAUGAGCAAACUGGCUACACUACCUUCGUUAAUGUGCUCGACUAUACCAGCGUGUCCAUUCCUGUGACUUUCGCAAACAAGUUUGUGGAUGUACUUCCCGCCGAAAUAUCCGCGACUGAGGCAGAAGCAUAUAUCGACUGGGACUGUAAGUUCGACUUGGAGAUUGAGACCAUUGAUCACUCUGACAACGAAGCAGAUGAUGCCGAGACAUACCACGGAGCUCCUGUGGGAACUCAGUUUGUGGGUCGACGACUUCAAGAGGAAAAGAUAUUGACCCUGGCGGAGUACAUCGGGGCAGCGAUUGCUCGGGACACGGAACUAGCAUAA